AUGGUCUCCCCAGCCAUUGCGCUGGCGUUCAUUCCUUUCAUGUUCACUCUGAUUCUCCGCUACCGACACUACUUCCUACUCUUCUACCGAGCAGUCUUGGUUCGACGGCUGCAGGACUACUUGACUGGCAUUCCCAAGGACGAAAGGGCCUUCCAGUAUGUCCUCACUCAUGCCAUCCCUGGAGACCCAGUGCACAUCUUGGAGACCUUUGACCAGUGGAGUUACCACUGCGAGUACCUCAGUAAUCUGGGACCCCAGAAAGCUAAAAUCCUGGAGCGGCUGAUCUACGAGAAGGCCCCCCUCUCUGUCUUGGAACUGGGCACCUACUGUGGCUAUGCAACCAUCCUCAUAGCCCAGUCCCUUCCACUGGGCGCUCGUCUUUACACAGUGGAGAUGGAUGCACGCAAAGCAUCGGUGGCUGAGAAAGUGAUCCGCCUUGCUGGCUUCGACGACGACACGGUGGAGCUGAUUGUGGGGUCCUCGGAGGAAGUCAUCCCCCAGCUCAAAGAGAAGCACGGGCUGCUCCAAGCUGACUUCGUCUUCAUGGACCACUGGAAACGCUGCUACCUGCGGGACCUGCAACUUCUGGAGGCCCACAACCUUCUGCCGGAGGGGGCCACCAUCCUGGCCGACAACAUCAUCUUCCCGGGGGCACCCCAGUUCCUGCAGUACGUCAAGGCCUGUGGCAAGUACCAGUGGAAAUUGCACCGGACCAGCCUGCAGUACUUCCGGGCCAUUCGUGACGGCAUGGCUCAGCUCACCUAUAUAGGUCUAAAAUGA